GCUGGGGCGCCCCCUGCUGGGCCGUGGCGCGCGCAGGCGCCGGUGCCCGCCGGCCGGACCCGUGCGCGUGCGCGCUGGCGCGGGCGACGCAGGCGGCGCGGGGGACCCCGGCAGGGAGAUGACGCGCCUUCUCCCGCGGCGACGCGGGGCCGCCGGCACGCGCCCACCCGCCCCGGCGCCCUAGCGGGAAGCCGGGGACCCCGCCCGGCCAUGGGGGCCCUCCACUCUGCCUCCGCGCGCCCCCCGGCCUCCGCGCGAAGGAAAGGAGACCCCAGCGGGGAGGAGUCUCGGGCCGAACGGGAGCAGGAGGAAGCGAUCGCUCAGUUUCCCUACGUGGAGUUCACGGGGCGCGACAGUGUCACCUGCCUCACCUGCCAGGGGACCGGCUACAUCCCCACAGAGCAAGUUAAUGAACUGGUGGCUUUGAUCCCACACAGUGAUCAGAGAUUGCGCCCUCAGAGAACCAAGCAGUAUGUCCUCCUGUCAGUUCUGCUCUGUCUCCUGGCCUCCGGCUUGGUGGUGUUUUUCCUCUUCCCACACUCAGUCCUCGUGGAUGAUGGCGGCAUCAAAGUGGUGAAGGUCAUAUUUAAUAAGAAGGACGCCCUUGUAAUCCUUACCAUCAUGGCCACACUGAAAAUCAGAAAUUCCAACUUCUAUCCUGUGGCCCUGACCAGCCUGUCCAGCCAGGUCCAGUACAUGAACACCGUGGUGGGCACACACACAACCACCAAUGUCUCCCUCAUUCCUCCUCGGAGCGAGCAUAUGGUGAAUUUUACCAUGAAAGCUGAGAUGGGACGACAGUACUCCUAUGUGUACUUCCUGUGCGCGCUGCCCGAGCCCCUGGCGCACAGCAUAGUAAUCUUCAUGCAAACGUCGGUGAAGAUUUCCUACAUCGGCCACAUGACGCAGAGCUCCUUGGAGACCCACCACUAUGUGGACUGUGGAGCCAACUCCACGGCUAUUUGAGAGCCGCUCUUGGUCCCUCCGUGGCUGCGCCUGUCGGAUGACACUGACACCGUGGCUGUUCCAGGGCCGGGGUUUACAUGCCUACCCACGUGGGAGACGUGCAGAGAAAUAGGGUCCCUCACUCCCCAGCUAGCAUCUUCCUGCCGCUCGGGGCGGGGGCAGCCCCCCUCCACGCCCACUGACGUUCCCCAGCAGCCGCACUGCCCAGGGUCCCCCCGUUCCCAGCAGACAGUGCACACUCGGUGAGUGGGAGUGUCUGGUUUGCUAAACGUAGUACAGGUCUUUGCAGCUUGGGGCGUUCCGAAUUGAAAUCGUGUGACCCAGCCGUCCAUCCUGGUGCCGCUGCGGUUGCCGUCAGGGCCUUGUCUGCGCGGGGGAGGCAGCGGGAAGGGAGCGUCUGAGUGAAGAAAGCACAGGCCACUGAACAUGUGAAUUUUUUUCAUCUGCUUCAACUUGUCUGAGCAGCUUUAAAAGACGGGUGUUUUCGGUUUUUGGUUUUUUUUUUCCUGUAGAAAGUUAAGAGUUGUUUUUAUCGAGAGUCUAUCUGAGGCUUGAUGUACCCUUCAUCCAUUGGCUGGAACAUGGAUUGGGGAUUUGGUAGAAAAAUAAACCCUGCUUUGGAUUCA